AUGAGUAAAACACAAUCUAAAUCGAGCCGUACAUCUAGUAAGAAUGUUUCUGUUAAACAGUUUCCCAGCGCAUCAGAGAAAGCAACCGAGAAUAGGAAAAAAUUAAAGGAAAUGGAAGGAAGCUUUCUCAAAGCGAUUGUCGGCUUAAUAUUAGUGGACGAUAAACUAUAUGUCGUAGUGGCGAGGUUACAAUCCGCACUCAAAAGCGAUCCAUUACAUUCUCUCUACGAUCAUCUCGAUCGUGUCCAGACCAUUUUGUCAUAUCUGUCUGCUGAAAACCCAACAACAAAGGAACGAAUGCAGUCAGAACUAAAACAAAUAGCAGUCGAGCACCUUUUGCCCAGACCUAAUCUCCACGUUAACUCUCUUCCCAACCUUAAUACUUGUACCAAUGCAUCUGUCACGUCAAAUUCUCAGAAAAGAUCUGCUUCUUACGAGCCCACGGUCAUUGACAGACGAUCAGGAAAACGUGUACGUGUAGGACCGUAUGAGAAGGUCAUGGAUUUCGGAAAUUCCACAAAAGAAAUGCAGAAAAGUAAUACAUUAGCAACUCCAAAUGGCCAUGACGGACAAGCGGUGUCUUUUAUUCCAUCAGCAACAGAAGAACAGCAAUUGCUACAACUCAGUCGUAUGCAACAGACUCCUCUGACUUCUGGGCUGAUCGAAGUGCAGGAAGGUAAUGUGCCGACCGUCAGUAAUAUUCUUAUCACAGAUAUGAUCGGAGGAGGACAACUGCAGCAGUUAAAUUAUGUACAGAGAACCGACAAUGGCUAUACUCCUUUAUAUGCUGAUGGUUUUGGGACCAUCUAUAGCUCUCCGCCAUCUUAUAAUACGGAUGGCGCUGCAUCACAAGUGAGUAAAGCUUUUAUUAUGGCCAUAUUAUCUAACCUUUCCUAA